AUGCUCCUCGUCGCCCUCGUCGUAGCCGUGGGCGUCUGCCUCCGCAACCGCAAGCUCCGACUCUUCAACCGGGGCAUCACGCCCAUAGCCGACGAGGAGAUUGAAUCGUGGAAGAACAACGAGCGAGACGACGAGAAGGAACCCAUACCUGAGUCAUCACCACCGCUCCCUCUCCCCACAUCCACCUCGGCCGUCGAACCCUUCUUCGCGACAGCAACGACGGAAACGACGGCAGCCAUCACCUCUCCAUCCCCGCCCCCGCCCUCCCGCCACGACAACAGUCGCGACAGCAACCACGGCAGCAACGACGACGACGACAUCGGCAGACAAGUACAACAAGUCCACGUACGGGAAUACCCCGGCCAGUCGAGUCACCACCGACAGAACAACAGCUCCGUCAGCUCCGUACAGAAGCCGCCGAGCGCAGUCAUCUACCAGGGCAGCGGCGGCGGCGGUGGCAGCAGCAGCAGCAGCAGCCGCAGCAGCCAGCAUAACCGCCACCACCGUCACAACUCCUCCUCCGGCGACCGGUACCCCCUCAACCGUUCGCGAUCCACCACCGGCGGCGGCCCGGGUACCGCGCACCACCCGGGGCCCGGCACGCGCGAGGGCGGUCCGAGCUUCGACCCGAUGGGCUCCACGGCGCCCCUCGUGCUCGCCCGAGCCCCCAACUCCCGCCCGGGACUCACGGACGAGACGGUCCAGGGAGACGACGCCUUCAUCCCGCCCGUCAAGCGUCAGUCCUCCAGGCUGUCCAAGGUGCACCACCAGCACCAGCACCACCGUCAGAGGAGCGCCGGCGUCACCCCCGCUGCGGGUAGCAGCAGUCGCAAGUCUUCGGUCGAUCGCAAGAGCGCAAAUCAACAUACCGUCAAUGCUGGCAAGAGGACGAUACUUCCAGCCGACGUAUUCAAAGCUCUAGACGAUAUCGAGUUUCCCUUUUUCCGAGACCAGUUGGAAGCUGAACUUACCAAAAAAUCCGAGCAUCGCUCGAAGAAGAUUCGUGUCGAUCCUUCCUCUCAGGCCGUCCAGGCCGCUCAGCAAGAUGAGGAGGAUGCAAUGACGGAUACGGAGGAUGUGCAUGAUGAAGAUGAUGCUGAGGAGGAAGAGGAGGAGGAAGAUGAAGAAGAAGAUGAAGAAGAAGACGAGGAUGAUGAAGAUGACGAUGAGGACGAGGAUGAGGAGGACGACACACAGCGUGUUGAUGCUAGUGGCGACGAGACUCAAGAUGAUGGCCAUAGGGAUGAGGCCCUGGAUGGGGAUGAAAGCGAUUGA